AUGACCGGCAGUAGCAAUAUAUAUGCCCAAUGGUUCAUCUCACCAAACAGUGGAACAAAUCGUUUUAGUGAAAAUGAUUUCCACAAAAAUGGUAUCUACGACGAAGACAACAUCGCGACCGCUGCUGCUGAUGCUGUUAAUGACAAUCAACACGCGACACUGAUUGACAAACCACAACCAACACCAUUAUUGGAGGAGGAUUUUUCUUGCCUGGAUGACAUUAAAAAGACAGAAUUGUAUUCUGAAAAUAUUGGCAUCGAAGACGACGACGAGCAGAGCUCUGACAGUUUUUACUCAGUGUUUCGGAUCAACAAGGACGACAACGACGAAGAAGACUACGACGACAACAAGAACGACUAUAGGACGACAAGGACACACGACGACGACACCGAUGAGGACGAGAACGAAAACGACGAUGAUGCUUUGGCUCUGGCUUUGGCUCCUUUUUUCUUGCUCCUGGCUCCUGGAUUGUGGGGUUAUUCUCCUUAG